AUGGGAGUCUUUAGACGGGUCAGGCGGGAAGGAGCAGUACCCAAACGUCCCACGACACCUCAGAAAGUAAAAUUGCACGCAGCCUAUGUCGACAAGUCGCCUUUUCCGCGUUUUGCUCACCCGACAGCCGACGAGGCGUUUGAGGUUUAUGACCUUCUUUCUGAGGCACACGGUACACCCGAUCUCGUGCGCCGAGAUCCUACAGCUUCCAGUAGUGGGGCAGAAACAGGCGCAGAAGUACCGAAUGUGCUCGAGUCACUCAUCGGCACCAUUCUGUCGCAGAACACGUCAAGUGGUAACACAAACAAAGCAAAGAAGGGACUGGAUAGUGCUUUCGGCCGAAAUAACUUUGCUGCCGUUGCUGAAGCACCUACAGAGCAAGUUAUUGACGCUAUUCGACCAGGUGGCCUCGCAAAGGCGAAAGCGGCUUUUAUUCAGAAGAUGUUGCGCUCUGUAAAAGAGAAACGCGGAGAUUAUUCUCUCCAACACCUUGCCGCAGUAGAAGACGGCGAGAGAAUGACCGACCACGAGAUCAUGUCCGAGUUAAUCUCAUUCGAUGGGGUCGGAUUGAAGACAGCUUCCUGUGUGAUGCUUUUUUGCCUUGGUCGUGACUCGUUUGCUGUGGAUACUCAUAUCUUCCGUUUGAGUAAACUCUUGGGGUGGAUGCCAUUAUACGCCGACGUGAUUCGAACGCAGGUACAUCUGGAUCAAUGUAUCCCGAACGAGCUCAAGUACGGACUACAUGUACUCAUGAUCCAACAUGGGAGGACCUGCAAAGGCUGCAAGAAUAGAUGGUCAAAAGAGCCCUGUAUCCUGAAGUCGUACGUUGACGACAUAAAACUGAAGGCGUCCAAGAAGUAG